AUGAAUAGUAACCGAUGCCAAACGAAUGAGGUGAAUAAAUUUAUUAGUAGUACAGAAAAGGGGCCUUUUACGGGCAGGGACAAUACGCUCUCUUUUAACAAAAUCGGGAGCAGACUGAAUUCACCACCGAUUCUGAAGGAUAAAAUUGAGCUGAAAUUUCUACAACACUCAGAAGAUUUGAAUCAAUCACGGUCCUACGUAAAUAUUCGUCCUAGAACCUUAGAGGAUCAAAGUUACAAAUUUGAAGCGCCAAAUCUAAAUGACAAUGAAACUUCUUGGGCCAAGGAUUUUAGAUAUAACUUCCCUAAGAAUGUUGAACCGCCCAUCGAAAAUCAAAUCGCGAAUCUUAAUAUAAACAACGGGCUACGGACAUCUCAGACAGAUUUUCCCUUAGGCUUUUAUUCACAGAAAAACUUUAACAUUGCUUCCUUCCCUGUGGUUGACCAUCAGAUAUUCAAGACAACAGGUUUAGAACAUCCUAUCAACAGCCACAUUGAUUCUUUAAUUAAUGCUGAAUUUUCGGAACUGGAAGCCAGUAGUUUGGAAGAAGAUGUCCAUACAGAAGAGGAAAAUUCAGGUACGAGUCUGGAAGAUGAAGAAACUGCCAUGAAAGGUUUGGCUUCCGAUAUAAUUGAGUUUUGCGAUAAUAAUAGUGCCAAUAAAGAUGUAAAAGAAAGACUAAACAGUUCAAAGUUUAUGGGGCUGAUGGGCAGCAUUAGUGAUGGUUCUAUAGUUUUAAAGAAGGAUAACGGUACAGAAAGAAACCUUCAAAAACACGUAGGUUUUUGUUUUCAGAAUUCAGGAAACUGGGCUGGUCUUGAGUUCCAUGAUGUUGAAGACAGAAUUGCUUAA